GUGUGUUUGUAUGUUUGUGUGUGUUUGAAAGAUUUGGAAAUACUCAUAAUUUACAGUUGGAGUACAAAAGAUGGAACAACAUAAUCCAUUAUAUCAGUCGCUGGAACUAUCUCAAAAUAAUCUGCAGAGCGACAUUAAUAGCGACAACAACAGCGACUACAACAGCGACAACAACCAUGGCCAGGAAACUAUUCCAAAAACUAUUGCCACCGCGUUAGAUGCCUCGGCAAAUACAGAAGACAGAAUUUCAACGGACCCGAAAACGGCCAGGCAAACUGAGAACCCUGCGGCCGGAAGUAAACAACCGUCUAGACGAAGAACAGAUCACAAGGAAGAUGUUGUGAUUGUCGGUACAGGUAAUCCUCAAUACAUUUCAACAGGGCUGUAUUACUAUGACGGCACAGGAUUUCAACGUAUAAGAGAUCCACAAUUGCCGUCAGAGACUGGCCCGAUGGCUAUGCACGACGACGGCAGUGACUAUCUUGUCGUCGAGGGGGCAAUGUCAAGUGACGGCCACGCAUCAGAAAGGCCCGAAAGCGUUAAUACGAACGUUGAUAGCAUAUACCCGGGCCGACGAUUUAUGGCAGAACUAAGCCGUCGAGUCAUGGCCAACCCUGGACAUGACGUUAACGUUUCCACCUCAAUGACGGACAUUGAAACGUUAAACGUCUCAAUCAACGUCAGUCUAAACAUCGCUGAACUUCUCCGAUCUUACCAGGACAGUACGAACGGGAAUCGAAAUACAUCAAACAAUACCGAGAACGAAACGUCUACAAAUCUGUAAAAGACAACGCACUCUUUUGAAACGACGCCUGUAAUAGACUAUAAGUAUCUGCCAUGGCCGCUCGAGUAAGAUAGGUUCAUCCCAACCCGAGCGUAGGGUAUUUUACGGAAACGAGGUUUACCGAGUUACUGCAGAACACUCUGUGAGAGGGUUGGAUGAACCCAUCUUACACGAGCGACCAAGGUAGAAGCUUUUUCCCCUACAUCAUUUAAACAAAAUACAGCUAAAAUGUAUUUAUAGCUGGACCUCUUUCGUUCGUAAUGAUAUAUAUCGCGAAUAGAUAUGUGAUAAUUUGUGAUUGUCAUAGGUAUUCGCGCAGUGACUCAAAAUAUGUAAAUAUUCAAAUCGUUCUUAAUAUAGUUCUGUGGAGAGUGUAGCCUUAUUUACUGAAAACACCGUGAAAUCAUUUUUAGGUGCCCUUUGAAGUGAGAAAUAAUUAUUCGGAUUUUAAAUAUUGCCGUAAGACAAGGUUUCCCUGGUGCUACAGACGACGGUCUCUCAAAAGGGAGGUUAUUGUGUGAUGAAAAUAAAAAAGUAGUCCCAUACGGGUACUGUUUUAUCUUUGCCAGUUGGCAAGAUUGAAAGUUACUUCCUUGGCCGAGAGUGUAAGAUAGGUUCAUCCCAACCCCAGCGUAGGAACGAAGUUUCACGAGCGGCUAUGGUAGAUGUCUUUACUCCCACCUCAGUUAAACAAAAUAAAGUGUUUUUUUUUUCGCUGCAAUACUUUUGUGCGUAGUGAAAAUAAUUUGCGUAUAUAUAUGUGAUAAUUCGUGGUUGUCAUUGAUAGACGCGCAGUAAUGUAGAUUAUGUAAAUAGUCAAAUCGUUCUAAAAAUAGUUAGGAGGAGAUUGCAGCAUUAUUUCUUGAAUUCACAGUGAAAACGUUUUUUGGUGCCAUUUGAGACGAAAAAUAAUAAACUUUGAAGACAAGGUUUCCAUGAUGCUACAGACAACGGUCUUCAACAAGGGAGAUAAUUGUGUGAUUACAAUAAUAAGGAGUUCCAUAAGGGGUACAUGGUCUAUCUUUUGCCAGCGGGCAAGAUAAGGA